AUGCCUCUCCUACGCAGGAACACUCUGGGUCCCGAGAGACGCAAUCCGUGCACCCACAUGACCAUGACCCGUCUGUAUGAUCCCUACGGCUCCUUCAAAUGCUCGCUCUGCCACAAACACCCAAACAUCGGAUGGCUCUAUCGCUGCACCCAAGACACCGGCGGCUUCUUGCCCGAAUCCGACUUCACAGACGAGCCUGCUCUCCCAAGAGGCCGAGCAUUGGGUCAGGAGGUCACUAGUCAUUCCCUCAGCAGUCCAAUCAUCAAGGCCAUUGGAGAAGGCCAGUACACUCCUCAAGAGGUCAAGAAACUGAUGGAGCAGAAGGAAAGGGUGAGGGAUCUCGUCCUCUCUCAGCUUGAGCCAGAUGAGGGCAGACCCGCCACAGCCUCGACUUUCACCACCGCUUCCACCUCCUCAUCCACCGACGACCAUGGAACAUUUUCCACUCUGCCGCAAAGCACCACCUUCUCAACCAACUCCUCGGCCGAGCUCGACGAAGAAAUAAAGGCGGCUUACGAUUGGAAAGAGUUGCAGAAGGUCUGGAUGUCCGAGCCAUCACUCCCUCCUCCCGCGCCCCGACCGAAGCCAUCUACCCCAGCCGAUCCGCUCCCGCAGCAGCCCAGGCUACCAUAUGUCCAGCUCUGUGGCUUCAAAAUCUGCCCUACAUGCCGCCCAACCUACCGUGAGCGCGCCUACCAGUCUCUCGAAGAGGUCCUGAACAGUCCAUUCGAACUGCCACCAAUCUGGGAGUUGCAAAAUCGCAGAGUGUCUGAUGCACGUAUCGUGGCUGGUAUCGGACUGCCCAGGCUCUCUCGAUCACGGUUUUACGCUCAAACCAACCCUGCAAGCCUGCAAUCCACUCAAAGCAUUCCUGGAAUCAUCGGUGACCACCGAGAUGCGGAGGACGAAUAUCAAUGUACGAGAGAAGCGUACCUGACGGGAGCCAGCACUGAAACAUACCCCCACCAUAACAACCCCUCUCCCGCAACUGGAACGCGCAGCGGCUUCCGACAAACCGUCCGCAAAGCUCUGGCCCGAGCCCACUUCGAAGAUUCUGCCUCCACAAAUUCGAGCACUGACAAUUCCGAGUCGGGCGAGUCACAGGUCCAACCAUCUCGCUCAUCGAUCUUCCGGCGCCGCAGAUCGGACACGCCCACCUUGUCCUUCGCCGAAGCACACGGUGGCCGAGUCGUGGAUACGAGCUCGCUCCAGGAUUCCGUCAUGUUGAUGUUAGCCACGAAUACGCCCUUGCCUCACACGCCAACCGUGGCUGGGUAUCAACUUGGUCCAGGGAUAGGAAACCGUCGACUUUCAGACCCGCUCAGCGAUGACGGCCAUUGUCUACAGGGCGUGGAUGUCAUCCGUCAGAUUUGA